CUUAAAACCAGCACCGGAGAAGCAGCUUAAAUGGAAUGCCAAAAAAAAAGAUAAAAAGCCAUGAGCGCAGCAAGUUUCGGUUGUUGUAUCUUUCGGCUCUCGCCUCUUCUAGACCACGAGCCCAAGCUUUCAUGGAAUCCAACCACACCAAUCUCAAAUCAGCCACUUUUCCCUCUCACUCUCAGAAAAAAUUCGAACUGUAAAAAUAGUUCCUCAAGACUCGUCACCGGAGCUCUCCAGGAAGGGUUCGGAGUCGUUCCUCAUGAAAGCGUAGCUUUAAACCCAUUGAUUGGUACCGAAGAGGCGGAGAAGGUGGAACAUGAAGAGGUCCAUGGAUCUCUCAAUGGAGUCGCUGACACCAAACCCCAAAGUCCGUUCACUAAAUUCCAAAAGAAGAAAGAGCACGACGAAGACGACAGCUUUGAGAAGAGGUUUAAGCUACGGAACGGCAGAGAGGUUUUUGAAGAAAAAGCGUACCUUGUUGGUGUUGAACGAAAAGGCGAUACAGAGAAUUCUUUUGAUAUAGAUGAAUCACUGAAGGAGCUGGCUCAGCUGGCUGACACUGCUGGACUUCUGGUUGUCGAUUCCACUUAUCAAAAACUAGCUUCCCCGAACCCAAGAACUUAUAUUGGAUCUGGCAAGGUUGCAGAGAUUAAGAGUGCAAUUCAUGCCCUUGGUGUUGAGACUGUGAUAUUUGAUGACGAGCUUUCAGCUGGGCAAUUGCGUAAUUUGGAAAAGGCUUUUGGUGGAGAUGUUAGAGUUUGUGACCGCACUGCCCUCAUCCUGGAUAUCUUUAACCAGCGGGCAGCAACACAUGAAGCAUCUUUACAGGUUGCAUUGGCACAAAUGGAAUACCAGUUACCUCGACUAACAAAAAUGUGGACUCACCUUGAGCGUCAAGCGGGAGGCAAGGUGAAGGGGAUGGGUGAGAAACAAAUUGAAGUGGAUAAGCGUAUCUUACGUACUCAAAUUGGUGCCCUCAAAAAAGAGCUUGAAUCAGUUAGAAAACAUCGGAAGCAGUAUCGAAACCGGCGUAUAUCUGUUCCUGUCCCAGUAGUAUCGUUGGUUGGUUACACAAAUGCUGGAAAGAGUACACUUCUAAAUCGAUUGACUGGAGCCAAUGUUCUUGCUGAGGAUCGAUUAUUUGCUACCCUUGAUCCAACUACAAGAAGGGUUCAGAUGAAGAAUGGGAAGGAGUUUCUUCUCACAGACACGGUUGGUUUCAUCCAAAAGUUACCUACUACACUGGUUGCUGCCUUCAGAGCUACAUUGGAGGAGAUAUCAGAGUCAUCGCUUUUGGUGCAUGUGGUGGACAUAAGCCAUCCUCUAGCAGAGCAACAGAUAGAAGCUGUGGAGAAGGUUCUGUCAGAACUAGAUGUGUCAUCAAUUCCAAAUUUGAUGGUUUGGAAUAAGGUUGAUAAGGUCAGUGAUCCUCAAAAAAUAAAGUCAGAAGCAGAGAAGAGAGAAGAUGUUGUUUGCAUAUCUGCUUUCAAUGGUGAAGGCUUACAUGAAUUCUGCGAUGCGGUUCAGGAAAAGUUGAAGGAUUCUAUGGUAUGGGUGGAAGCUUUAAUUCCAUUUGACAAGGGAGAGCUCCUGAGUACCAUACAUCAAGUUGGAAUGGUAGAGAGAACUGAGUAUAAAGAAAAUGGGACAUUGGUGAAGGCGCAUGUUCCCCUUCGAUUUGCAAGGCUGCUCACACCAAUGAGGCAACUCUGUAUUUCAUAGCCUCCUUGAAUCACCAUCUAUUUCUUGUGACUUCUUUUAUGUUUCCUAAUCAUUGAUGUCUCUUCUAUAAAUACUUCUGGCAAGUGAGACUUCGUUGAGAGAGAGAGAGAGAGAGAGAGAGAGUCUGAGUCUGUACAGCCGUUCUUGUAUUAUACAAUCAUACUUCUGUGGUUUUUUUAAA